AGCAUGAGGGUUAGGCAGGGGGUAUGGGGUUGGGAUUAAGGUUCAGGUUAAGGUUAAGGUAAGGACUUCCCAAGGAUCCCAGAUAGCAGCACUGAUCCUAGAGGAAUUGCGUCAGGAAGCUGGCGAUGCCCAAUAAAGUCGCUGGUUAAAGAAAGAGCUCAGAAAAAAAUGUUAUUCUGAGCGACAAGCUAGCUGUAAGGAAUGGUACAAGAGAGGGACUGUAGAAUUUCCAUAUCAAAUUUACUGAAGCAGUUUGCAUUGAUAGCUUCCAACAUUGCAUCGAUUUGUGAUUUAUCAAUCUAUUUUCACUUCAGACUCGCGAGAUGACAUAUGUGUUUAGCUCUCGCGAAUUAGCAAGCAAUAAACUCGAAGCUAGCUAGCUGUUUUGUUGCAAAUUCAGAAGUCCACCCGAAAUAAUGAGGCCUGUGAAUCGGAUGAAUUAUAGCUGCAACGCGUUAACUAAUCGUCAAGUAGGUAUCUCAGGCACAGAUGGAGCAGCCCAUCAUGACACCAACUGACAACCCUGCAGAAUUUUAGCAACAAACAUAACUGAGAGCCAAAUGGUGUUUGUAAGCUUUCAAACAUGGGUGACAUGAAGACCCCAGAUUUUGAUGAUCUUUUGGCUGCCUUUGACAUCCCUGAUGCCACCAGUUUGGAUGCUAAAGAGCCCGUCCAGGAGAGUCAUGAUGAGGCAGAAGGUCAGCUGAAGCACACAGAGAUGUGUAUGGAGGACAGUGUAUCUGUUCACCAAGCUGUGGGUGUGUCUGAUGUUCCUGCUGUCAGUGUUAUAGUGAAGAACACAAGUCACCAGGAGUCGCCUGAUAGUGGUGUAGAGGGCCCACAUUUCAAUUACCCAUUGCAAAAUGGGUUCAGGGGGUCAGGGGUCUCCAUGGACUCUCAUCAGAUAAACCACUGUGGUUCUAAGUCUUUUGUGUGUGCUUUGAAGGGGGGUGGCUCAAGAGGACUCUUAGGGAAGACCCCCGUCCAGCAAAAACCUGAAGGAACACCUUCCUUCUCUCAGUCCUUUUCCCAGUUUAGCCCCAUUUCUAGUCCAGAAUCUGAAGACACCCCAAGCAACGGGGUUGAUGUCCAUCCAAAACAAGAGAGACCCUACUUUCCUGCUGCCUCUAUAUUUAUGUCUGCAGAACCCCCAAUGUCAGACAAUCAGAAAAAACAGCUGUCUUACAGCAUGUUUGACCAGUGCCAUAAAGUAGACUGUGAAGAACUUGAGAACCUUCCAAGGUGCAAAGGAGAAUCUAUCAAAGCAAAGGAUACCAGAACAGAGGUGAAGCCUGACAGUAAUGCCAGUGACCAGAAGGACAAGGGAGAUUGUCAGAGUGCAGUGCUCCCUGCAAGUGAUCAUAACAUUAUUGAGUCAAGCAGUAACAAUAUAGUGGGAAUGUCUAAGAUGCUCACCUCUCAUCCAUGUGUCAAAACUCCAACAUCCAAACUAUCGUCUUGCCUUGAGGCAUUAGUGGCUCUGAAUGCCAGAAAUUAUUCCAGUGAACCACUAAACUCUGGAGACUUAUCAGUGGCUCAUGACGGCACCAUGAAUGUUAGUCCAAAAAUGCCCAUGUCACCACAAAGUCCCCGGAGUUCCCCUGAAGCUGUGAAGCGGUUAAUGAAACCACCUGACAGUCCUGUAAGCAUUUCCAGUGAUAGCAGUGGCAAGGGAUCCCCAGCACUGGCAUCUGGCUCACCCCCAGCAAUACCGAGGGUCAGAAUAAAGACCAUUAAAACUACAACUGGGCAAAUCCAGCGCAUGGUUACCAGUGUAGUACCUGAUUCAGAAAAUGAGGAGGUCCUGUCUGUUGAGUCCUCCCCAUCCCAGAGAAUUAUUGUUGAGGCCUACUCUAGUUUGUCUCCCUAUCCCUCUCAUAAUGUGAUAAGCGAUAUCAUUGUUGAUAUGCCCAUCAAAAGUACACCAGUUGGUAUUCUGCCAUCAAAGGUUACUGAUGAUGAAUUUGAUGACAAAUUAAAGGGGAACUCCAAGAGGCCAAGACCAAUGCAGUCCCCAACUAUUUUUCAUAAUACAAGUGGUCCGGUUAUGAGACCUAUGCCGGUUGCCCAGCACGGGCCUUCUACACAAAAGAGGAUUUCAUCAGUUCAAACAGGCAACUCGCCCAAUGCAAGCUUCCUUCCUAAGGAAAUGCACUUAGCUAACCUGAACCUAGUCCCUCACAGUGUUGCUGCAUCAGUUGCAGCACGCUCCACCUCCCAUCAACAGAGCCAACAACAUGCACUUUCCUCCUCUAUGGUGUGCAGCACUGUCCCAUUGGUGCAUCAAGUUAAAAAAAACACCCCUAAUCCAUGUGCUGCCAUUCCUAGUACAGCAGCAGGUACUUUAAACAGACUGUUAAACAAUGCGAACCCUGUACCCACAUUCGUACCCAACCUGAACCCACCACCUGAGAGCAACAUCCACUUGCCACCACGCGGAUAUUGCUGUCUUGAAUGUGGGGACUCCUUUGGGGUAGAAAGGAGUCUCGCCUAUCAUUAUGGCAGGAGGAGUGUGCACAUUGAAGUAGCCUGCACCCACUGUGCUAAGACCAUGGUAUUCUUCAACAAGUGUGCCCUGCUGGCACAUGCACGGGAACAUAAGAACAAAGGUGUGGUGAUGCAGUGCACACAGCUCUCCAUGAAGCCCAUAGCAGAGGGACAGAUGUUUGUACCUUUGCUCGCUGAAUCCUCUUUGCAUGGGGGCUCCCACGUGCCCCCAUUAUCCUCACCUAAAACCCAACCAGUCAUGCCCCUCUAUGCAGAAAAAGUCAUCCGCCACAGACUCUGCUGCCUGGAGUGUAACAAGCAGCUAUCAGAUUACAGAGGUCUCGCAGGCCAUUACCAGAGGCUGUCGGAAGAAAUGGAGGGACUGAUGUGUAAGGUGUGCCCGAUGCUGCUACCAAACAAGUGCAGCUUCCGGGCUCACCAGCGUAUUCAUGCCCACAAGUCUCCUUACUGCUGCCCUGAGUGUGGUGCACUGAGUCGCUCUGUGGACAUACAGAAGCAUGUGAAGGAGAACUGUCUUCACUAUGCACGCAAGGCUGGCUAUAAGUGUCUUCACUGUGAUAUGGUUUUCAUGUCAUUUAAUGUGCAGAAGAGUCACAUUGAGGAGAAACACUGUGAGGUCUUCUAUAAGUGCACUAUCUGUCCUGUUGCCUUCAAGUCUUCUGAUGGAUGUCAAAUGCAUUUGACAACUAAGCACAACGCCAGCGUAGUGUCUCCUCAGUUAAUCUUCAAGUGUUCUUGUGAGACAGUGUUCAAGAAAAAGCAGUUAUUGCUUCAGCACUUCCAUCAAAACGCCAAAAAGCUUAUAACCUGUGUGUUCAAGUGCCCUGAGUGCACUUCAAUCUUCACCCACAAGCAGUCGUUAAUGCAACAUUUUAAGGGGGUGCAUGAAGGAAUCUUCAAAGAGGUGGAGAAAAGCACAAAACCAACAGAGAUGACUGCACAGCACCAAGAUGUUACCUCUGCAUUCCACCAGCCAAAGGUAAACACUCCCAUUGAACACUCUGAUGCAACCAGAAAGAGGGCCCACUUGACUGCUCGGGACAGGAAGACCAAUCUGAAAAAUGCUGGUUGGACCUGUGGAGAGUGCCUACACUGGCUGCCUGACCGAGAAGUCUACGUCUCUCACAUGAAGAACAACCAUGGGAGGUCACUGAAGAGGUAUCCAUGCCGGCAGUGUGAGAGGUCUUUCAAUUCCUCUACAAGUUUGAGAAGACACAUUCGCAAUGACCACAAUGGAAAGAAAACCUUUACCUGCUGGUAUUGCACAGAUGAGAGGACAACAUUCACCACUAACAUCAUGCUGAAGAACCACAUCAGUUUGAUGCAUGGGAUCAAAAAUCCAGACUUUAGUCUGUCAAAAUCAACCCCUCUAGAUACCAGCAAAGCCUUGGGAGAGGGGCUUGUUUCAAAGAGACCUGCUGUGGCAUCCCAGAGGGAGGGGGAGGAUGGUGCUGCCCUAGAAGGCUCCUCUACCAAACGUCUGAAAUCUCACUUUCGCUGCGCUAAGUGUGGUUUCACUUCAGAGGAUGGCACACAGUUCCAGCAGCACAUACCUCAGCAUAAAACCGAUAAAAAGUCUCCCCAAUGUCUGCACUGUGGAUUAUGUUUUGCAUCUCAGCUGUCUCUCAACAGACACCUGUUUAUUGUGCACAAAGUCAAAGACCCCGAGGAAGAGAAGAAGGAAAUGAUAGACGUGGAGUAUGAGAGCAGAAAAAAGCAGGAAGAGGACGUGGGGAAAACAGUGGGUGUGAAUGAGGGAGAGGACUUGCCACCUCCAUUAGUUAAAUCUGACCCUUCACGGGAAGAGGAUCCAACCAGGUUGCACUGUGAGACUGCAGUAAGACCAUUGACCUUUAAAUCCACAUACAUCACUGACCUAGAGAUUCAUGGAAAAUCUUCACGCAUAAUAGAAUCAAUAAGCAGCUUUUAAGAAGUUCAAAAUUGCUCUAUCUCCAUUUCUUUGGUAAAUAGUAGUCAUGCUUUUCUUUUCUUUUGCCUUACAAAUAAUUUUGUUUUAUGUUUCUCAACCCCUUGGGACUGGCAGAUGUUCCACAUCAACUGAAAAUAUAAAAUUAAUCUUGGGUAAUUUUGGGCAAAGAUUAUCAUUAAUUAUUUACUUUAAUUUGACCUUUUGAAGCUUGCAUGUGUUGUAUUAAGUGUCUUUAAGAGUCUCUGGUACAUAACCACACCCACCUGUUAAGGCGAAGGAGCUGUCCCUCAGGCUAACCUCCCAAUAAAUUUGAUAUAAUAAAAGCCAAAAGAAUUUGCUUUAGUCUAUAGCAGGCAUAUAUGUUUGGUUUCCUACUUAAGUACAUUAUAAUAGAUGGUGCUUCAGGCAGGUUUUGACAAUACUGACAGUAUGUAACAGUAUUACAACUUCUAUCAUACUGUAUGUGUAUGUUGAAAUAUUUACUCUGACCUAGGUAUCACUUAGCACAGAAGAUAUAUUUGAUAGCAAUUCCAUACCACAUGGUAUGUGAUAUGGAAUUUAUUAAAAAAUCUGGUUAAACUACCAAAAUAGCACCUUUCUACAAGUUAAAAUAUAUGUGUUGGAGUUAGAGGCAAUCAGCUACAUCCAUUUUUGGACCUAUACAUUUAUGUACCCAUUUGAUUCUUAAAAUAUAACAUGAGCUUUUUUAAAUUGUCAUACAUUAGUAAAUGUAAACCAACAUGUACAACAUGGUUAAAGAUAAUUUUGAUAUCAUGAAUGAUCAGUCCUUGCAUCCAGAGCUAUAGCUAUAAUUUCUAGUGCUUACAUUUCUCAAGCCCCAUCUGUUUUUUACUGAAAUGGGCAGGGAUAACGCUUUGUUAUUAUUUCUUCUGCUGCUUUAAAUGCCUUGCUAAAAGAUAUGACACUUUUUUUUUACUGUACUCUUGCUUUUCUACCCUGAUAAGCUUUCAAUAAUUUAAAAUGCUCUUAUAUCUAUGUUUCGAGUAGUGGUGACUUGUCUUAGCGAUGUCAUUGUUUUUCUUGGUUAAUUGUGAUCUUUGGCGAGUGUUCAUUGAAUGUGAGAGAGCAUCUGUUUUGCAAGAUAAUGCAGGGUGUUAAAUGGCUCAUUUCGAACGGUGUACUAAGGCAAUUAAAAGAGCAAUGAUUAAAUGUAAAGGGUUAUAGCAUGUUUGAGUGCAUGUGAAAUAAGCUGAAUAUAAAGACCUGUGCAGCUCUUUCUUCCUACCUCCACAGUAUAAGGCAGUGAUUGUUAAACUUUGGAUGUUCUGGGAGAUUUCACCUUUGGUCUCACUGCAAUGUAAAAUGUAUUAUUAUUCUCAAAAUGUAUAUUAUCUCCCACAAUAUUCAAUUUUAUAAAUUACUUUGGAGAUAGAUAUUUAUAGUCACAUUGACUUAUUUUUGAAAUUUCUAUUUAAGUGCUGUAUGAACUGUUCAUUUUCUAGUGGUUAUAUGAAUCCGUGUUCAUGCUUUAAAUGGAUCCAGUGUUAACUCAGUGGCUGAUAUGAAACUUCAUAUCUGAGUGUUUUUAUAGCCUGUCAAGAGAAACUUUGUACUUUUGAUAUGUACAAUAUUAAGGACUUGUAAGCCAACCCAUGUACACAGUAGCUAAUAAACAUUUUAUUAGCAUUAUUUCUUAAGCCAUCACAUAUCUAUUCAACCUGCAUCGGCCAUUGUGCCUUGCUGUAAUGUUUACUUCAAAUAAUUGCAAAUAAACAUGUACAUGACUGCAUCAGCA